GGGAGAGAGAGAGAGAGAGAAGAGAGAGUGAGAGAGAGAGAGAGAGAAGAGAGAGUGAGAGAGAGAGAGUGCGUGAGUGAGCGAAGUACGCCCAAACAAGAGAGCAAACAAGAGAGAGAGAGAGAGAAGAGAGAGUGAGAGUGCGUGAGUGAGCGAAGUACGCCCAAACAAGAGAGAGAGAGAGAGACGACGCCAGUCACGACUCAACGUGUUUCUAAAGCCGUGUAUCUUUCCACAUAUAUCUACUACGCACACAUCUACUCUCUCUGUCUCUCACUCCUCUCUUAUAUUCUCUCUCUCUCUAAAACUAAAACCCUCUGCCGCAAGCCUCCUCCCCCUCUCCCUCUCCCUCUCUCAUGCUCACAGAUACGGCAACGUCCACCAACUCACCCACUCUCACUCUAUCUUCCACUAACGUCUUCUCUAUCGUAUCCGUUCCCUUCAUUUUGAAACACCCUAUAGAUGCGUUACCGUCGUUGUCCUACUCUCUCUCCUUCGCCGUCUCUGCUUUCUCUCUCUACAGUCACCUAGGGUUUUACCUCCGGUUCGUCCGUGAGUGCCUCGAUGUCGUCGACCAAGGUCUGCUUCAACUCCAACUGUAAAGACACGUUGGACCGGUCCAGGAAAGGCUGGCGGCGCCGGACCGGCGAGUUCGCCGACCUCUGCGAUCGUUGCGCUUCUGCUUAUGAGGAGGGAAAGUUCUGUGAGACUUUCCACUUGAAUGCUUCUGGUUGGAGGUGUUGCGAGUCUUGUGGGAAGCAAAUUCAUUGCGGAUGUAUAGUGUCAUUUCAUAUGUUUGUACUGUUGGAUGCUGGAGGUAUUGAGUGCAUAACUUGUGCACGGAAAAGUUUUAUUUUGACGCCAAAUCCUGCAUGGCCGCCGCCUUCUCUCUUCCUUCCUGUACUGCCUGAAAGAAAUAAAGACUUCUCUUCCAAAAACUGGACUCAGAUAGCUGGCUCAGGUCCCAUGCCAUGGCGGCAAGCACCCAGUUUGUUCAGUUCUUCAUCUGCUCAGUUGGAAUUGCAACCAAGGAUCCCUUUUGAAGUUGAUACACGAAGUGGCAGUGAUAGACUUUUUAGCAUUGAACGCCCAUCUACCGCCUCUUUGGAAAGGAAGACAGCAGACAAGCUAUCUGAACGGUUAAUGAAUGGUAGCCUGAAGCUCGGUGCAUCUGAUGUACUAGAAAAUGGGAAUGCAGGAAUCAACUGGGCGGAACAAGCUAAUGUACGUGUAAAUGUUCCCCUGAAAUCAUCCUUUUCAAAAAAUGACACUUCUACUUCACACUUUAGUUUGUCUGUAUCGUCUCUAUCCCCAAAUGAUGCAAAUGAUCAAACAAAGGUUCCUGGCACUGCUGCUCCAAGACCAACUCCUACACCUGUAAUUGGGAAAAUUGGAGCCGGAUUGUCUGGUGAGACCCAGAUACGAAAUGGAAGGCCUAGGGGAGAAGCCCGACCACGAACUCAGUUACUUCCUCGGUACUGGCCGAGGAUAACUGAUCAAGAGCUGCAGAAAAUCUCUGGAGAUUCAAACUCUGUAUUUACUCCUUUAUUUGAGAAGAUGCUAAGUGCCAGUGAUGCGGGGAGGAUAGGGCGCUUAGUGCUUCCCAAAAAAUGCGCAGAGACCUACUUUCCGCCAAUUUCCUCACCAGAAGGUUUACCCCUCAAAGUCCAGGAUUCAAAGGGGAAGGAAUGGAUCUUUCAAUUUAGAUUUUGGCCAAACAAUAACAGCAGAAUGUAUGUUCUAGAGGGGGUUACUCCUUGUAUACAAUCAAUGCAAUUGCAAGCUGGUGACAUAGUAACAUUUAGUCGGAUAGAUCCAGAAGGGAAGUUAGUCAUGGGAUUCAGAAAGGCCUCGACUGCUCCAACAUCCGAUCAGGGCAAUGAAGCUGUCAAUGCUAGAUCUGGAGAUGCGAGUGCGAAGAAAACAAAAGCUGGUGAAGUCUUUUCAACUCCUCAUCAAUUGAAAGGUCGCUUAGUAUCGCCUGGCAUUUCGCCAAUCAACCAGGCUAAUUCAGCUGAUCAAACAAGUCCAUGGCCCAAAGAUGAUGUAUCUCGGUGCUUAACCAAGGAAGUAGUUGGAGCUAAGAGGAAGAAUAGCACCUUGGGUUCAAAGAGUAAACGCCCAAGAGUCGAAACUGAGGAAUUGAUAGAGCUCAAACUGACAUGGGAACUAGCUCAGGGACUAUUCCGACCGCCACCAAACAAUGUCUCAAGUGUUGUGGUGAUUGAAGGAUUUGAAUUUGAAGAAUACGAGGAUGCACCAAUUAUUGGGAGGCCUACAAUUUUUGCAACAGAUAAUUCUGGUGAAAAGAUCCAAUGGGCUCAAUGUGAAAACUGUUUUAAGUGGCGCAAACUUCCUGCUGAUGCUUUUCUUCCCUCAAGAUGGACCUGCUCUGAAAACUCGUGGGAUCCAGAAAGGUCUCUGUGCUCAGCGGCUCAAGAAUUGACUGCAGAAGAGCUUGUAUGUCUUCUGCCCACCAGUACUCAGGCUCCUUUUAAGAAAAUCAAGGCGGCCAAACGGGAUCCAGAUUCGGAUGAAGCUUUACAGGCACUCGAUGCACUUGCCAACCUAGCCAUCCAAGAAGAGGGCGAGAACCUACCAGAAUCCUCACAGGCCACAACAACAAAGCACCCGCGCCACAGACCCGGAUGCACAUGCAUCGUUUGCAUUCAACCCCCAAGUGGAAAGGGCCCAAAGCACGAACAAACCUGUACCUGUAACAUCUGUUCAAUGGUGAGGCGCCGUUUCCAAACCCUAAUGUCUCGGCGCGAGAAGAAACAAUCGGAGAAAGAAGCAGAAAAAACCGCUCUUCAAUAUCCGGAACAAAAUCCCGAGUUUCCUCUUAUGUUUCCGGAUGACGAGGAAUUCCAGCUGUGUACUGUAAGUCCAGUCGAAAAAACAGUAAACCUCGCUUCACCGUUGAAAGGCAACAUUAUUGACCUGAAUAUACAGCCGGAGAGAGAUGAUGAAGUGUCAUCUGGUUCGGAUUCCGGUGGGAUGAUGAGGUUGGUUCAAGAUGCUACUGAGAGGUACCUCAGGCAGCAGAGAUUGUCGAGCUCUAGGAAUGGGAAUUUAGGCGGCGAACAGACACUGCUUAGCGGGGUUUUACCUUUGGGUACAAAUGCAUCAGCAUCUACAUCAGUCACUGAGCGGUAAUAGGCGAGACCUAUGUUAUGAAGAUGGGAAUACCAUUUCGUUGUAUAUUUAUUCGCAUUGGCUUUGUGCAGUUGCAAAUCUGUACAUAAGGAAGAGGACAGGUAGGAGAUGGACCGUAUGGUGUAGGAACCUAUAGUUUUGCUGAUUUAUGUAUGGCAUUUUCAUCCUCCUAUCUGUAGUAAUAGAAGUGGAAACCAUUGUUGCAAUGGAGGGAAAGAUGGUAAUGUGUCUGACUGGGUAGUGGGUUGAAGCUAUUCAUUUCUCUUUGUUGGAGCUCACCUUGCUGCCUUUAGGUUUAUAAGAUGUAACUAAGAUAUAUGGAUGUUUUUGUUCAUUUUACUUUGGUCAAUUGACUUGAAUAGAAAUCGAUUUUAGGUAA